GUAGACGUAGACGGUGUUGUAUUUGGCUGGGAAGAUAUGGAUAAAAUUUAAUGUUUGCAGGUGGGGUCGUUAGCAGUUCGUUAGGCGCUACCUAACAACCGGUGUAAGCGAGGGCAAGGAUCAUGAAGCUGGUUGCAGCCUUGCGCAGGGCCCUUGCGUUAGUAGUUGAAAGCCUGGUCCCAUCGGGUCAGGAUAGCACGGACUCGGAGAGCAGAGACGCGGCUGCGAGAUGGGGCCAGCAAGGCGAUGGCCAGGACGACCUGGACGCCGGCUUCAGUGGUGACAGUCACUACAAAUGCAACAGCUGCUUUGUAGAUAUACCAGAAGGCACUGAUCGGUACCAUUGCCAGGGGUGCGACGAAAGCCAUGACCUGUGCGCUAAGUGCUUCCACACCGACGACGUGGAUCCCAACAGUGGCCACCAGAACGGCGAGCAACACACAUCCAGCAUGGGUACCGGACAUACAUUCAUUAUCGAAACAAGAUCCCCACAGAAAACUUGGGCAGCUGUCCGCACUGCUGAAACCCUCCAAGAACUUCUGCUGAACACGUUUAUACACUAUGCUGACCGCAGGUGCUUUGGCGUGCGAGACAGCGCGACGGGACAGUAUGUUUGGAACAAGUAUAGCGACCAGUUUACGGUCAUCCAACAGGUUGCCACGGGCUUGGAUGCUUUGGAGGCCGACUUGGUCAAGUCGGAUACCGGGACCGACAUGGUCGGGCUGUGUGGCAACUCGUCGGCACAGUGGUACACCGCCCAGAUGGCUUGCACCCUGCUUGGAAAACCAACCGUACCUAUCGUUACCACUGGAGAUGAGGCAAUGAUAGACUACAUCCUAGCGCAGACUAAGGUCAGAAUUCUCUUCUGCAGCAAGCAGUGCCUUCCCAGAUUUGAGACUGCAUUACAGAGAAACUCAGAACUGAUGGUCAAGCUGGUGAUCGUCCUGGACGAAGUGACUGAGCAGGGUGUUGAUAGCCUUCAGUUCUCAGGCCUGGAUGACAUUAGGCUGGUGACUUGGAGUGGGUUGAUUGAUCGAGGCAAGUCCGAGCCCGCAGUACAGCUUGAAAGAAUUAGGCCGUCCGCUGACACCAUCUACACCAUCAUGUAUACGAGUGGCAGUACCGGUGUGCCCAAGGGCUGUGUGUUCACUCGCGAACUGUACAACAGGUCAUUGCUACAGGUCAAGCCAACAGGGCUGAGGAACUGCAAGCGAGACGUUUGGUUUUCAUUCCAGCCGCCAGCUCAUAGUACUGAUCACCGCAUGGUCAUUGCCAGCUUCGUCAACGGUGGAUGUGUGGGAUUCUACCGAGGGGACAUGCAGCACGUGUUCACCGACAUUGCCAGCGUGGAGCCGACCGUAAUUGCCUGCACGCCACGUUUCUGGACAAUGCUCUACAACCAGUACCAGCAGCAGGUCAUGUCCGCUGUUCUGCGUGCCAGGGAGCAGAAUCGCCUGCGGAAGGAACGCCUGGAGCAGCAGCACGAACAGCAGCAGAAGAGACAACUUGAAGCUGCCGUGAUAACGUCCGAGCCGUCUAGUUCAGUGACCGCAGCAUCCCAAGUCCAAGAAGAGCUCACAUUAGAUGUAAGCUCGAUGAGCAAUUCAGAAUCACAGCUAGCAGAUGCUGAACCUGGAAAAACUGGCAGUGUUCUGUCAUCGGAAGGGGAAAGUGGUUCAUCAUCACUGUUGCCACCCUCUACAAUUGCCAGAUUGUCCAGCAACAAGUCUGUGGAAAGUGAGAAUAUCCAUGAAGCCGACGAGGAGCUUGAACACCGCCAGUUAGCGCAGGGCCUACGUCGGCAACUCAGCCACGACAAUGAAUCGGCCAGCGCCUUUCCUCCGGAAGAAGCCGGUGACUUUGUGGAUGAGGCGGCCGUGGUCCAGGCGGUGGCGGAGCGCUUCAAGACGGUGCUCGGUCGGCGCGCCGUAAUCCUUGUUACUGGCGGAGCGUCGACUGGCGCGGCCGUCCUGAAGUUCAUGCGUAGCGUCUUGGUGGGAAUGGUGGUGGAUGGAUAUGGUGCAACGGAGGUGGGUGCCAUCACGCAGGACGGGCGCAUUUCAUCGCAAGCGGACGUCAAGCUAGUCGACGUACCGGAGAUGGGUUAUCUGACGUCGGAUGAUCCACCGCGCGGCGAGAUCUGCGUCAAGACGCCAUUCAUGAUCAGUGGGUAUUAUCUCAGGGAAGAAGAGACUGCUGCAAAGUUUGUUGAUGGCUACUUCCGCACUGGCGAUAUUGGCGUGCGGGACCUGAGUACAGGCAAAGUUCGGAUAAUUGAUCGACAGAAGAACUUCUUCAAGCUGGCCCAGGGUGAGUUUGUUGCACCGGAGAGGUUGGAGCCACUGUACGUUGACGGCAGUGCCUACAUAACACAAGUCUACGUCUACGGUGAGAGCGAGCAAGACAAGAUCGUGGCCGUAGUCGUGCCCGAACGAUCCGCACUGUGCGGCUGGUGGAAGGAGCAUGGCGCUGGUGAUGACGGUGGGUCAGCUGGUAGUCUGGACUAUGAGCAGAUCUGUGCUUCACAAACGGUGUAUGAUUUCCUAUGGAAUGAGAUUCAAACAACAGCUAGUGUGUUCAAGCUACCUGGCUGGGAAGUACCGUGCGGGCUUCUCAUUGAGCCGGAGGUCUUCACUUCUGACAACGGCUUGCUGACUGAGACGAGAAAGCGAUGCCGCCCUAAACUGCAGCUUCACUACCGCGAUCGUUUGAAGAAGCUAUACGCAGACUACAAUGCAGACCAGCAAAGUGAGCUGGCGGAUCAAGUCCACAGUAUUAUCUCUCUCAUCACCGGCACUGAGCCACCUUCAGCAUCGCAGUCCGCGGCGACGGCGGCAGAACCCGGCAGCUCUGCCACGCUGGCUGCCAAGGGUGUGGACAGCCUGUCGGCAGUCAAGCUGUCCGCACUGCUCCUGGAGAGCAUGGACGUGGAUCUACCGGCCACACUGCUAGUCAGCAUGCCGCCGGAGCGUAUCGUACAGCACGUGCAGGCCAUUAAGGGACACGCUAAGCUGGACGACUCUACCGCGGGUCUGCCGGCCACUCUGCGUGAAUCCAGUGCAGAAAUCGACUGGACAGUGGAAUGCAAGCUUCCUGAGUCCUUCCAGCGAGAAUGGAUUUUGGCAGAUUUGGAGCCACUCAGCUCGAUUGGUGACUUCUCCGUGUUGCUCACUGGAGCUGGUGGAUUCCUCGGUGCUCACAUACUGCAUAGGUUGUUGAGGGCGUACCCGUCCUGCACUGUCACUUGCGUUGUGCGAGUGCCGCAAAGCUCCACUGAGGCGGUUGCAUCGAUCAAAUGUCGCGAGAAAGUUCUCCAGCGCCUGUCCUCGCUGCAGCCAGCACUGGAGAGCAGCGAUGUACAGCGCAUACGCGUUCUUCCCGGCGACCUCUCCCAGCCUCUGCUGGGUUUGAGCGAGGAGCGGUUUGAGCUGCUGUGCAAGACUGCAGACUUGAUCAUUCACAACGGUGCAGAAGUCUCGGCAGCCAAGCCCUACAAAGCUCUCCAUGCCGUCAAUGUCGGGAGCACCUUGGCGCUGCUCGACAUGGCAUGUCGUGGCCGGCCGAAGCGAAUGCACUUUGUGUCGUCGGUGGGCGUAUUGGGUGGGCAGCCGGGAGAUCCCCUGUUCACAGAGAAUGAUACCUGUAGCCAGCACAGAUUGGCACUGCUGAGCGGCUACAGUCAGACUAAGUACGUCUGCGAAGAGCUGUUGCGAGUUGCGGUGCUAGAGCGAGGCUGUCCUAUCUCCAUCUCCAGGCCCGGCCUGGUUGGAGCGGAUUCGGUGACGGGCGAUUCGAAUCAUCGUGACUGGCUCUACUGGCUGCUGCGCGGCGUUGUGGAACUUGGCACCGCACCGACGGGUCAUGGCAGUGACGAAAAGUUGAUCAGCGUUGUCAAUGUGGACUAUGUGGCGGCAGCCACUGUGAGCAUCGCGGCAUCGCUUACGAAUGCUGACGGCAAAGAGCUUCCGGUGUACCAUUUGGUCCCGGACAGUUCGGAGAAGGCAUGUUCGUGGAAAGACAUUCUGGGGUACCUGUGUAGCUUUGGCUACCAGAUCAAGGACAGUGAUUAUGCCAGUUUCCGUCAGUCCGUCCAAGCAGCCAGCCAGCAAGGUGACCUGACAGCAUCGUCCCUGCUGCUCUUGCUGCCUGCCAGAGGUGGCCUUGCCUCCAGUCACCGCUACUCCAGCACCAAAACACAGGAUGCGCUCCGUGGCGCGGGCAUGAAGCAGACGCCAGUGACGCCUGGCCAGGAAUACUACCACUCCUACUUCCUGCGCCUUGUCAUGCACGGUGCGCUGCCAGCAACGGCUGCGUCAAAGCCUCUUCUCGAGAACCCAACUGUGGAUGUGUAAACAUGAUGUUACGGAAUUACAGCCUUACUAUGCCCCGGGACCGGGACGCUGGAACACAAAGGACAAGUAUUUGUUUACCUUAGGUAUGGAAAUUAUUCACAUACUUGAACUAAGACACGACAAAAAAACAUUGACUUCAACUCAAAGGGAGGAACAGACAAGACGCAAGAUCCACAGACUCACGCCGCUGAUGCUUAUAUCACAUGUGCACGCGAGACCAGAGACAGUUUGGAGAAUGUCAUCGCACAGGAAAACACUAAAAUCACCGUCCUGCAAAAAUGGACAUGGCCAUAUAUGGAUUGAGAUACAUGUAUUGGUCAUCAAGAAUAGUUUUUUUUGCAGAUGCUAGGAAUACAUUGGUUCAUAACUGUCUAAACUUGAGUGCAAUCAUAUGCACAGAGUAUAUAUGAUAAGGUUUCGUAGAAUUUUUAACAAAUCAGAGAAAACGUUACGCAUACAUGUACAGCUUGUUCAAAUGAUCGUUGUACGAUCUAAAUGCACUGAAACGUUUCUAUUGCAGUUUGCAGCAUCGGACUUUAGUUUUGAUGAUUUCGAAUAGGGCACACUGAUAUACAUACAGUCAUGCCUGCUGGAUGCUUAUACAUAAUUAUACUUGCUGUGGUAUUACACAGUAUAGCUCUUACACACAGUGUAGUACCAAGCCAAGGAAGCAGAUCAGUACGUAUCAUUGCCCGGCUAAAGAUUUACACUGUUGAAAAAUCACGGCUGGCCCGUGUCUAACCAAAACACGAUCUUUGAUUUGCACAAUUUACUCACACUUUAUUUUUGAAGCUUUCUCGCCUUUGUUUUAUGAUGCGCAGCAACUCAUGGACUUUUUUAGCCAGUUUUGUACACACACACAUGUACGUGUGUGUGUGUGUAUGUUUGUAUGUAUGUGUGUGUGUGUGUGUGUGUGUGUGUGUGUGUGUGUGUGUGUGUGUGUGUGUCAUGUACUUUAUCCCUCAUGAUGCCCUCGUGGGUGAAAAUUUGGAAAACAAUCGUUGUACGUAGUGUA